GCAAACUGCGUUGAGUAUUAUGUCCGUCACCAUGAUUUGGCUUGUGGCUCUCUUGUCCUGCUUUGGGCUGAUUUGUUGCGAGGAACCCUUUAACUAUAAGGUGAACAAUGGGAGGGUCAUAGGAGGCAGUGAUGCGCAACCAAACACCUGGAAAUGGCAGGUUUCUCUGCAGCUGGAUUCAUACAAUGAAGGCUUCUUUAGCCACAUCUGCGGAGGCUCCGUUGUUGAUAGUUUCCACAUCAUGACAGCAGCCCACUGCAUCAUAAGCUCGGAUGUCAGUCAGUACCGUGUGGUGUUGGGUGAGUACAACCUGUUUCAGUAUGAAGGCAGCGAACAGUUCAUCUCUGUGGAAACAAUCAUCGUCCAUCCCGACUGGAAUGAAAAUCUGGCCGAUGGCAAUGACAUCGCUCUGUUGAAGCUGGUUAAACCCAUCUAUGGCAAUGGUUAUGUGGAAAUUGCAAACCUUCCCUACCCAGAACAGACACUGCCUCAUGGCUUCACCUGUUACAUCACAGGCUGGGGAUUGAUGGACUAUUAUGGAAACGUCCCAGACAAGUUGCAGGAGGCUCCCCUAGGUGUGGUGGAGCACGCUGUCUGUUCUCAGCCUGAGUGGUGGGGCAGCAUUGCUCUGAAAACAAUGGUUUGUGCUGGAGGGGAUGGAGUCAUAUCUGGUUGCCAGGGUGACUCUGGAGGUCCCCUAAACUGCUUAACUGAUGGAGUUUGGAGAGUCCACGGCAUUGUCAGUUACGGUCCAGCCGGCAUGUGCAACCAGCAGUUCAAACCCACCGUCUUCACCAGAGUAUCUUCCUUCCUCUCCUGGAUUUUUUCAGUGAUACAUCAAACUAAUUAGAUAGAAAAGCAUUGACUUUUACAUGCUAUCGGUCAAAUAAAAUUCUCAAGUAUCUCA